CCACAUCACACCAAUGAGGCUUUUCUGGCAUGGAUGCUCACCUACGCGCCGCUAGUCGAAGGGAUUGAGAAGCGGCUGUCGCAUGAAAGACUGGACGAGAUCAUCGCCGACUUUCGUCGCGAAGCCAAGCAGCGUUAUGGCAUUGACCGCAUGAUGCUGAGUCGAGGAGGUGACCUGUUUGUGGAGAAGGUGCCUGCAGGUUUGGCAUUUGAGAUCCGGGAGACCGAGGGCAUGGAGACUAUCUUUGAUGUCAGUCUGAGGAGACAGAUAUUUGUACCGAUUCUGGAGACCAGCGGAAACGGAGCAUCGACCGGGCCUAUCGUGCCAUCCUUACAGCCGCCACCACCUACGCCAGCAGUUGCGUCAUCGGCCCAGGUACAGGCUCAGGCUUCUGGCGGACAGCAGGCCAUCUCCAGCUCCGGUAGUCGCGGGUCGGUAGGACCUGCCAAAGCGAAGUGAUCCAUGUCUGUACCCACUGGCGCUCCUGCACUUCGUGCUUGGGCAGGAACUGUCUUUCAUGCCGGC